AACGUGAACCGGAGAACCCAGAGAUCUGCACAGUGGCUCUGAGUCUCUUUACCGGCGAGCACCAGCUAUUGAGGAGCUCUGCCCUGACCAGAACAGAGAUACUUAAAAGGAUGAAGAUGGUUUUUCUUCGACGUCUGUUUGGUGUCAUGAUCCUGAGCUCAUUUGAGGUAUCCAGCUCUCCUCUGUCCAGGAGCUCUAUAGUGGGGGGUGAGGAUGCUGGUGAGGGGAUCUGGCCCUGGCAGGUCUUCCUCAAGAUGAAGAAUACCGAUGGGCGCAACGGCAGUUGUGGGGGCUCACUGAUCAGUGACGUCUGGGUGCUCACUGCGGCUCACUGUUUAGACAGCCUCUUCUACCCGACAUCCUCGGUUGUGUACCUGGGCGCAUACCAGCUGGAUAAGGCCGGCUCACACCAGGUGAACCGCACCAUAGCCGAUGUGGUCAUCCACAGCAAGUACACCAUCCCAACCAAGGGCUACGACAUCGCCCUGGUGAAGCUGGAUCGCCCCGUGCCGCUGUCCCGUUUCAUCCAGACUGUCCCUCUGGCCGAGCCCUCGGACCUCUUCACCAGCCGCAGUGACUGCUGGGUCACUGGCUGGGGGCGGGUCCAGCAGAACAGCAGACUUCCCUUCCCUCGCACUCUCCAGAAAGUCAAGAUUCCCAUCCAUGACCCGGAGUCCUGCAAGAACGUGUAUCCGAACAUGAAGACCAGCAUGAUCUGCUGUGGAGGUCAAUACAAGAGCACCUGCAAAGGAGACUCUGGAGGGGCUCUGGUCUGUAAGAAGGGAAACCGCUGGGUCCAGGCUGGGAUUGUCAGCUACGGAAAGGGCUGUGAGACACCCAUCCCCCCCAAGAUCUUCACCCGCGUUUCCAGCUACAGGUCCUGGAUCAAGAUACAUAGCCAGUAGUCUCUGAUUCCGAGUGAUGCCUUGUGAGGCUGAAAUCAACACAGGCUUCUCGUUCUCCCCAAGCCCGCCUGUGGCUCCUUUCUGUGCUUUUUCUCUCACUGUGUCUUCUGUUGUGUGUGUGUAUUACUGAGGGAUUCUCAGUGAUCUCUGUUUCUCACUGUGCAUCCUGUCCUGUUGUGUAAGUUUUUAUUACUGAGGAAUUUUCUCUUGUCUCCUGUCUCACUAUGUCUCAUGUCGCUUUGCAUUUUUAUCACUUAGUAAAUUUAUCUCCUCGCACUCCUCGCACUCUGUUAUAAUUUUUAGCUUUGCUUUGCCUGCUGUGAAAGGGAGUGUAACUCUAUCAACAGCUCAAUAAAACUUCAAGCAUUCAAUCUCC